GUGGCUAGCAGGCGGGUUGGGUUGCGCGUGAGGGAGGGAGGCGGCGGAGGCGGGGAGGAAGUUCGGUUGGCCGGGGGCGGUGUCGGCGGCCGUUUGCGAGGCCCAGGCCUGGAGAGAGGCCUUCCCUGCCGCCUCUUCCUCCGCUGCCGCUGGUGGCUGGGCGGCCAUCACCUCCGCCUCCUCCUCCGCCGCCAUGACGCUGGAGUCCAUGAUGGCCUGUUGCCUGAGCGACGAGGUGAAGGAGUCGAAGCGCAUCAACGCCGAGAUCGAGAAGCAGCUGCGGAGGGACAAGCGCGACGCCCGCAGGGAGCUCAAGCUGCUCUUGCUCGGCACAGGAGAGAGCGGGAAGAGCACGUUUAUCAAGCAGAUGCGGAUAAUCCACGGCUCGGGCUACUCCGAGGAAGACAAGAAGGGUUUCACCAAGCUGGUGUACCAGAAUAUCUUCACUGCCAUGCAGUCAAUGAUCAGGGCCAUGGAGACUUUAAAGAUCCUGUACAAGUAUGAACAGAACAAGGCAAACGCACUGCUGAUCCGGGAAGUGGACGUUGAAAAGGUCUGCUCCUUUGAACAGCCCUAUGUAAGUGCAAUUAAAACAUUGUGGAACGACCCUGGCAUCCAAGAGUGUUACGACCGGCGGCGAGAGUACCAGCUCUCCGACUCAGCUAAAUACUACCUUACUGAUGUGGAUCGUAUCGCCACCCCAGGGUACCUCCCCACCCAACAAGACGUCCUGCGGGUCAGAGUUCCGACAACUGGGAUCAUAGAAUACCCCUUUGACCUAGAGAACAUUAUUUUCAGAAUGGUGGAUGUUGGAGGUCAGAGGUCAGAACGGAGGAAAUGGAUACACUGCUUUGAAAAUGUGACCUCCAUCAUGUUCUUAGUAGCCCUUAGUGAAUAUGACCAAGUCCUGGUGGAGUCUGAUAAUGAGAAUCGAAUGGAGGAAAGCAAAGCCCUUUUCCGGACCAUAAUCACCUACCCCUGGUUCCAGAACUCCUCCGUCAUUCUCUUCCUGAAUAAGAAAGAUCUGUUGGAAGACAAGAUAAUGUACUCUCACCUCGUGGAUUAUUUCCCAGAGUUUGAUGGCCCUCAGAGAGAUGCUCAAGCAGCUCGGGAGUUCAUCCUCAAGAUGUUUGUGGAUCUCAACCCUGACAGCGACAAAAUUAUCUACUCUCACUUCACAUGUGCCACAGAUACGGAGAACAUCCGGUUUGUCUUUGCUGCUGUCAAGGACACGAUCCUGCAGCUCAACUUGAAGGAAUAUAACCUAGUCUGACCUUGAGUUGGCUGGCCCGCUUUUCCCCCUCCUCCCUUUUCUCUCCCCCCCUUUUUUUUUGUCGUGAAGAAAGUAAGACGAGAGAACCCCAUGAAUAUAAGCAAAAAUUGUACAGGAAAAGAAGCAAACAAUCUUAAUUUUUAAUGAUGUAAUGAUUGCAAAUUGUCUGAUCUGUGGAGUGGCAAGGGGUUUUGUUUUGGGGGUUUAUGAUUAUAUAUAUAGAUAUAGAUAUAUAAUCAUAGUGCUCACUGUUAUCUUGGAGUCUCAUGUCUGACCCACAAAAUAAUUGAUCUUUUUUUAAGAAAGGAAGAGGAAAAUGAAUUUGCUUUUUAAAAAUAUCCAGUUUCCAAAUGUAAUGGGGGAUGUUAGACUCCUCUCUCUCUCUCUCUCUCUCUCUCUCUCUCUCUCUCUCUCUCUCUGUCUCCCUUGUUCAUGUCCUGUUUUCUUGCCCAAAUUCAGGAUGGCUUCCUCUUGGACUCUUGUGCUGCGUUAGCCCAUCCUCGCUUUCCCCCUUUUGGUUCCAACCACAGAUGGAAGCUUAGGCUUCCAGGUCCAGAGACGGUGUGCUCACUCAGCUGUGGAAGUGUGAAUGCUACUGGUGACUUCACCGUGUGCCAUAUAAUGCCUGUAGUGUAAAUCGCUUGCACUGGUUAGCUUCCCCCGCUCCAAAUUCUCCCUGCGCAUCUUUCCUUAAAGGACAUGCGUCCCACUCGCAUGCUCUCUUGGGAGGAUCAAGUGCCCUCUUAACUACUGCGCAAACCAAGCCACCCAUUCAUUCCUUCAUUUGUACCAUUUUUAGUCUAUAUAAAUAUAUAUAUAUAUAUAUUUUCCUUAUCAAUUAUGAAAGUUAUAUUGAGACUGUGAUUUUUUUUUUAAAUUAUUGUCCUAUAUAUAGUUUGCUACAUAUGCUGUAUUUUUUUUCCUCCAUAGACUACCAACCAAGCAAUAGCUAACAAGCCUGGGGGAAGUGCCUGAGUGUGUUGUUGUAGUGUGUAUAGGUUGUUGGGUUUUUUUUUAAAGGUUUGUUGUUGUUUUUAAGAGGAAAAGGUUGCUCACUUUAGAGAGAGCGAGGACCUUCCCAGCCAUUGUAAGCUUAGAGGUAUCUCAAGGGGUGAUGAGUUCAAAUCCUGGAACACCAUGUUUGGCACCUGAAGGAAGACCUGAUGUUCCAGUUCCAUUAUCUUGAUAUCACUUGUAUGCAUGUGUGUAUAUGUGUGCGUGUUCUACCAUCCAUCCCUUGGGUUUCUUAGACACCCACCCAUAUGGGACACCUUUGAGGAAGGAGACAAGCAAUGAAGGAUUUCUGAGCACCUCUCUUGUGCAGAAGGCAGCUUACAGCAGCCUCUGAAAAACAUUGAGGAACGGGCCAUAAGCGCUCUGCUUGCCUUUGGCUGAGCAAGGACCCAGUUUUGAACUGCAGUGUCAAGGCUUGUGUGAAUGGCAGAUGUUACUGAGCUCCCUGUUCCUUUUCAGCUUCAAAAGGCUUUUAAAAACAAAGAAGUCUUUGCACAAGUAUUUACCAGAUGUGUGUGCACGCACACAGGGCAUGCUUCUGUGAAAGGCCCACAGGAGACCCAAACCAGAACCGACUGAUUUGACUUAGGAAUCGGAAGGAGCAGCCAAGACUUGGAGUUGACUUUAAAAGUGGCCAAGAAAAAAAGCUUCCAGGUCUGGAUUAUCAGUGCCAAAUGUGAUCCUCCAAAAACCUGCUUGAAGCCAAACGGGAGAUGGUGCCAAAAAAAACAGACAAUCUCAACGUAUUUCUGAAAGGAGAAUUGCCAUGGGACUUGAGUGAGUGACCCAGGAGGGCUUUUAUUGUAUUAUUAUUAUUAUUAUUAUGGACUUGUGAAGUAUCAGCGACACUAAUGUGACUUCAGAACCACAGAAUGGCCUGUUUCCAAGAUGCUAUCGAAGCCGGCCUGUGUCUUUUUGGGUUCAUUUUAGAAAGCAAAGGAAGCUGAGGUUGGCGAAGGGGGGCAUCAAAUAACGCUCUUCCCAUUGCACAGGGCAACACUAGUUGAACUUCCUUGAACCAGACAUGAUGGGGUUUACCUUUUAGCUUGGAUGUAGCUUGGUCUGAACACUAAAAUCCAAAAUUGCACAAUUGGAUGCCCGCGUCGUUUCAAAGUCAGGGAUGGGAGGACAGGAAAGAUUGGAUACCUCUGGUUUUUCCAGCCUUGGUCCUCAUCACAACACUACAAACAGGGAGCCACUUUUUAAAGAGAUUCCCAGUGCUGUUGCACGUCUCGCAACUCACACACAAUCCAUUGUUAACAUUGGGGAGGGGGAAGCCAACCAACCAGUAGUAGAAAUCCUACACAUGAGGGUUGAUGGGAGUUGAGGUUGGGUGGGUCACUGAUUUCCAGAUUAACCAACAUUCCUGAUAUCUUUCUCCCUGUAUAUAUAUUUCUCACCUUGAGUGUUUUAAGGGUGAUAGUGAUAGGAGGGCUUACCACCCAGGUCAGAAUGGCUUGACAUCAGAUGUUGCGUUUUUGCCAAACGGUCCGGGAGGAUGGUCUGUUCUCACUUAUGUGCCACAGCUUCUCAAAGCCAAUCACCCAGAGUACCUUUCUAUGAAACCAACCUCCCAUUCCUCUUCUUUCUCUUGCGUGCUUUGCCCAAGAGUGUCCACUGCAGGCACUGGACGUGUAGUGAUGGGAUUCCAGAGCUGGAAACCCAAUUUAGAAUGGGCAACCUUUUUUUGUGCUGGGCCACCUGGCCUGGCCCACAUGUUUGAUGUCCAACCCACCCUUGUUUUGCCCAGCGGACUGUUGGUCCUGCGAAGAAACUUGGUUUUGGAGGAGGAGCGGGGCAGAGUUGAAGGCCUACUUGUGGAGAAGAUGCGCUUUCUUGCAAAUGAUGUCCAAUGGCCUUGCAGGUCUGGCUUAACACAGAUUGGGUUUCAUGGCGGACACUUCCCCUUCUCCUUGUCCUUAAAUGUGCCAAACUCAGCCAAUGUUCUCUCUUUCUCCUUCCUGGUCGUGCUGAUGGGAGCUGCUCAGAGGUUUCAAGCUCUCGUGUUCUGAGGAUGUGGGAUUCAUGGUGAUCCAUCCAGCCAUGGUUGCGAAUGCGGGGAUAAACGUGAAAAAUCAAGAUGGAGCAAGUCGAGACGAAGGAGCAAUUCGACCAAGUUCUGUUCAUACUGCACUUUAUAUAUGUAUGUAUAUAUAUAUAAAGAAGGACAUACUGAAGGCUCAACCAGCCUGCUCUCACCUGCCCUUCAUCUUAGCCAUACGCAGGAAGAGGAGUUUUAAAGCGCAUCAUUCCAUUUUCUUGUCGAGCUUCAACAUGAUCGGCUGCACAAAAAAAUGAGUCCCCCGUUCCCCUCUUUUUCCCCCCUUUCAGCCGUGUCUUCCCUUUCCCCCCCGAAAUGAAUUCUUGGCUUUGUCAAUUGCCUUCAGUUCUGUGCAAGAAUGUGUGUGGGGUUGUUAUUAAUCCCCCCUCCCCAACAUGUUUUAUAAACUACUUCAAAAAUGUGUUUAUUUUCCCUCUUUCGUUGGCUUGUGCGCUGACCAUUAACUGUAUUGUGCUUCACCGAAAAGCGAAGGCCGUUCGAGCCCCUUGCAAAAGUUAAAAGUCUGUAUUUUCAGUCCGUUCUCUCUCUCUAUCUCUCUCUCUUUGUGCGUGUGCGCGUGCGCGUGUGUGUAAUUUUUUUUAAAGCGUUAUAUGGUUUGUGCCAAUGGCCCCGUUCUUUUCUUCAGUACCAGAGACUCUUUUUACGAAUAACCAGUGUGGUGGGGAAAAAAAUAAUAAUUUCUUUGGUUAUAUAACUUGUAUAUUAUAAUAAAAGAUCCAGAUUUUUUUGGGGGGGUGGGGUGGUAAGGGGAAAGAAGUAAAACAAGAAAUGUUUAAACAUUUAACCUAUUUAAAAGAGAGAAUGCAAACUACUAUAUAAAUGAUGUUUUUUUUAAAGAAAGAAAAAACCUCCUUUUUUGUCAUUUUGAAAUUGCAUGUGGUGUUUUAAUGCGCGAGGGUGGGGGGGACGGGAAGGGGAUCUAGAAUUACGUGGCCUGGGACGGAUUCUCUUUAUUUUCUCCUUUUGGGCCCAUGUUCUCGUCUCUUUUUUUUUAGCCCGCGAGGCAGAAAUGGGGGGGUUUCUUGGAAAACACUCGAAGUUCUCUCGUCGUCUGGGUGCUAACCCUCAAUGUUUAGAAAUACCUGAUGGGGAAAAAAAAUAUAAUUGAUUUUCAUAUCUUUCUCCUGAAAUAAAUUGUUUGAAAUUGGAAUAAAAUUCAUUCCUUUAAAAAAAAACAAGAAAGAAA